AUGGGCUCCAGCAACCGUCAAGGCGCUGCCUUCUCAGGCUAUGACCUGUCCCCUUCCUCGUCCCCUCCCAAGCAUCGUCCUGGAGAUCGCGACAAGUCUUCAAGUCCUUCGCAAAACGACCUCAGUCGAUCGCAUCCGCGCUCCAACUCUUCUGGCUCCGGUCAAGAUUCCUGGUUCAGCUACCCAUCUCGCCACACCCAGUCCGACAACGACGCUAUGGCGGCGCCGUUCGAAGUCCCCAAGCUGUGGCGGGAGGCGAUGCAGUGCGUCAGCAUCAACGCGGGCCUGUUCCCUAAGCAGAUCCUCCAGAAAUACUACGAGCUUUACUCUUCCCAGGCCGCCAUCCAUCCUGGCUACAUCGAGCUCGACGUCUGGCGGUCUAAGAGGGCGACCGUCCGCGGCAUCAAGUGCGUGCACAUCCGGUACCUCGACAACGACCCCGGCAAGAUCUACCUCAUGGUUAUCUUCGUGGACGAGAUCGACCAAAACACCAACAAGCCCAUCGUCCGGCUCGUAACCAACACCUCGAUCCGCCACGUCCUGGAGGAGCCCUGUGAGAACUGCCCCCUCUGGCUUAAGGUCCACUCCGACGCCAGACCGCACGCCAACUCGCCUUACCAGAUCAUCCCUUGCUGCGACCGAUGGGUGGAGUGCGCCAACUUCGAGGCGCCCAUCUCCAAUGAGGAGAAGCAGGUGCCCGAGAUGGUGUCGAAGCUGAUCGAGGAGGUUCAGCGGAAGAGUUUGCUCCUUCAUGCGAAGGAGCGAGAGAUCGAGGCCAAGGAUGAUCAGCUUCGACGCCUGCGCGGGAUGAAAGACCAUGGCUCGGAUGCUGACCACACCACCACGGCAGCGACGCAUCUGGGGGGCCUACUUCCUACCUACAGAGUCGAUCUUGGUAAAUUGGAGCAGUAUUGCUCAGUUGCUCUUGUUGUGGCCAUCUUUGUGUUGCUGUGGAUUCUGAAGUGA